AUGAAUAAUAAUUCUUCUUCCUCCUCCUCAAAAACACCAUCGCCACCAUCUGCCACCACAACCAUGGCUGAGCAAGACUGCAACACCACCGGAUUUUCCACUCUUCACCCGGACAUAAUAGAAUCCCACAUAUUGAAACGGUUAGAUGGAGUAUCUCUGUCCACUGUCAGCUGCUGCUCCGCCACUCUCCACCACCUCUCCUCCCAAAACAACUUGUGGUCUAACAUGUGCUACUCCACGUGGCCCUCCACCAGCUCUCAACGUGUCAACCACGUCAUAUCCACCUUCCCAGAUGGUGGCCCUCGUAGUUUUUUUGCCAACGCCUUUCCUCUCUUGGUAGAGCUUACUACUUCGACAAAUCUCAGCCCUUCAUCACCAUCAGCGCCACCACCAUCAAAAUUUAUAUCCGCCGUUGAUAUACACUACCAAGACCAAUUGAUCUUCACUAAAGUUCAAGAAACGGAAACCGUGACGGGAUGGUUCCGGUGCUCACCGUUCAGGAUUGACCUGCUGGAACCAAAGGACGUGGUCCCCACACCCAUUAAACACCCAGAGGAGGACACGUCUACGGCACUCAUCAGCCACAUGACACUGAGCUGGAUUUUGAUCGACCCAACAGGACGGCGAGCAGUGAACCUCUCAUCUUACAAGCCUGUUACGGUACAACGCCAUUGGUUGACUGGAGAAAUGCAGGCGCGGUUUGCUACAAUCCUGACAGUCGAUCAUGGUCACGUGCAGUGCGAGAUUUUGGUCACGUGCGGUGUGUCGGAAGGAGGGGACAUGCAAGUGAAGGAAGUCAGUUUAAAAAUUGAGGACAUAGAUGGAAUGCAUUUAAUUGGAAAGGACAGUUUGGUCAUUCUACAGAGAGCGUUGGAGGGCAAGAAAGGAAGAGUAAAAACCAGAUUACAUGAGGGGGAAAUGAGGUAUAAAAAGUUUGUCGAAAUGAGGAGAGAGAGAAGAGAGAGAAAGUUGAGGAGAGAUGUCGCAUUGGAUUUGUUCAGCGUGGCAUUUUGGGUAUCUACUCUUCUAGCAUUAUGGCGUUACAGAUAA